GGGCCGCCAUGGACGACAAGGCGUUCACCAAGGAGCUCGACCAGUGGGUCGAGCAGCUGAACGAGUGUAAACAGCUUAACGAGAACCAAGUGCGGACGCUGUGCGAAAAGGCUAAGGAAAUUUUAACAAAAGAAUCAAAUGUGCAAGAGGUUCGUUGUCCUGUUACCGUGUGUGGAGAUGUGCAUGGUCAAUUCCAUGAUCUUAUGGAACUCUUUAGAAUUGGUGGAAAAUCACCAGAUACAAACUAUCUAUUCAUGGGCGACUAUGUAGACAGGGGCUAUUACUCAGUGGAGACUGUGACUCUUCUUGUGGCAUUAAAGGUGCGUUAUCCAGAGCGCAUUACAAUAUUGAGAGGAAACCAUGAAAGCCGACAAAUUACCCAAGUAUAUGGCUUUUAUGAUGAAUGUCUACGAAAGUAUGGAAAUGCCAAUGUUUGGAAAUAUUUUACAGAUCUAUUUGAUUAUCUUCCACUUACAGCUUUAGUAGAUGGACAGAUAUUCUGCCUUCAUGGUGGCCUCUCUCCAUCCAUAGAUACACUGGAUCAUAUAAGAGCCUUGGAUCGUUUACAAGAAGUUCCACAUGAGGGCCCAAUGUGUGAUCUGUUGUGGUCAGAUCCAGAUGAUCGUGGUGGGUGGGGUAUUUCACCACGUGGUGCUGGCUACACAUUUGGACAAGACAUUUCUGAAACAUUUAACCAUGCCAACGGUCUCACACUGGUUUCUCGAGCUCACCAACUUGUAAUGGAGGGAUACAAUUGGUGUCAUGAUCGGAAUGUGGUUACCAUUUUCAGUGCACCCAAUUACUGUUAUCGUUGUGGGAACCAGGCUGCUAUCAUGGAAUUAGAUGACACUUUAAAAUACUCCUUCCUUCAGUUUGACCCAGCACCUCGUCGUGGAGAGCCUCAUGUUACCCGGCGCACCCCAGACUACUUCCUGUAAAUUCCUCCUGGGAAAAACCUGCCUUUGUAUGUGGAAGUAUACCUGGCUUUUUAAAAUAUAUAUAUUUAAAAACAAAACAAAAAAAAAGCAACAGUAAUCUAUGUGUUUCUGUAACAGAUUGGGAUCUGUCUUGGCAUUAAAACCAUAUCAUGGACCAAAAUGUGCCAUACUAAUGAGCAUUUAGCACAAUUUGAGACUGAAACUUAGUACAACACUAUGUUCUAGAUCGGUCAGUCUUAACAGUUUGCCUGCUGUAUUUGUAGUAACCAUUUUCCUCUGGACUGUUGAAGCAAAAAAGGUAACUAA